UCCAGCGGUGCGCACGCGGUCUUGUCCAACAUCUAAGUAUAUAUAUCGAGCGCGAGAAAUGCUGCGUGACAGUCGCGCGGAAAACGUUAAGUGAUCAUAAGGAGGUUCUCGAGUGUCGGAAGUAAUCUAGUUUAACUCACAAUGCCGCCUCAAGGGCAACCCGCGGCCUGGGUGCUGGAUGAGAACGACGCCCUCGCCGAAGAAAAAGACGGGGGUCUCCACACCCCCGCCCCGGAGGCCGGGAAGAGAAAACUGCAGAUCGUGUGGAGGAAUGUCACCCUGUUCGUGUUCCUGCAUAUCGGAGCGCUGUACGGCGGAUACCUGUUCUUUACUAAGGCCAUGUGGAUUACGAGGAUUUUCACGGUUCUAUUAUACGUCAUGUCCGGCCUGGGCAUCACGGCGGGAGCACACAGGUUAUGGGCCCACAAGUCGUACAAGGCGCGCCUGCCUCUGAGGAUACUGCUCACGCUGUUCAACACACUUGCCUUCCAGGAUUCCGCGAUAGACUGGGCGCGCGACCACCGCAUGCACCACAAGUACUCCGAGACCGACGCCGACCCGCACAACGCCACUCGUGGCUUCUUCUUCUCGCACGUUGGCUGGCUAAUGGUGCGAAAGCAUCCGCAGAUCAAGGCCAAAGGUCACACCAUCGAUAUGAGCGACUUACUAGCCGAUCCCGUCCUUCGCUUUCAGAAGAAAUACUACCUGACCCUGAUGCCGCUUAUCUGCUUCAUUCUACCCUCAAUAAUCCCCACUCUUUGGGGUGAGUCUCUGUGGAACGGCUACUUCGUCUGCGCAAUCUUCCGCUAUUGCUACGUCCUUAACGUCACCUGGUUGGUCAACUCGGCCGCCCACAAGUGGGGAGACCGCACUUACGACAAAAACAUCAACCCUGUCGAAACCAAGCCUGUGUCUUUUCUCGUUUUUGGCGAAGGCUUCCAUAAUUAUCAUCACGUUUUCCCUUGGGACUAUAAAACUGCCGAGUUAGGAAACUAUUCUCUCAAUCUUUCAAAGCUCUUCAUUGACACUAUGUCUAAAAUCGGAUGGGCUUAUGAUCUUAAGUCAGUUUCCCCUGACAUUGUCGAGAAGCGAGUGAGGAGAACCGGUGAUGGAAGCCAUCCUGUUUGGGGAUGGGACGACGCGCCGGCGGCCGACAAGGGGGUGGCGACUAUAUCCAACCCUGACAAGACUGAAUGAACUGAUUAGAUCGGUUGACAUAGGGUAGACCGAGGAGAAUCGGAUCACAGGGUGAAUCGGAUGAAAAAUGCGUUGAUAUUAAAUUUGAAGUAUUGCAUUGAUAUGAGUACACUUAAAUAGCGCUGUACCUGUCUUCUGUUAGCUUGCGACGGCAGUCAUAAGCAAUAUUUUCAGUAUCAACUUCUUAUUUAGUCUGACCCGAUUCGCCCUGUGAUAAUCCAAUUCGCCUCGUCUACUAUACGAGAAGUCUGUAUUUUGAUGUGCAGAUUAGCUUAGUGUAGGUGUAUCUGCUAUUUAGCACCGUUUAACUAUAAAAAUCAUGGUUUUUCAUCUGCGCGGCCGAUAUACGUUUUGGCCUAAGACUCCUUUAGUUAAGACUACUUGAGUUUUUAAAACCGGCCAAGGGGCAAAGCAUCACGCGAUUAAAUAUAUUAUUAAAUAAAAAAAAUCUCCACCUACCGGUUGGCAUUUGUUUAAAUGAUGAAUAUGCAUUUGUUUAUAUAUUUGAUUUUAUACAAUAGUUAAAUAGUGUUAGUAUGACUCACGGUAGUUUAAAUUAAAAUGUUUUAUGAACUAGUGUAAGAGUAGCUGUUUACACUCUGCCAUUAAUUAUUGUGACGAUUUGUGAUAACUAUUUGUCGAUAAUUUAGUUUAUUUAUUUAGGAUUAGGAGUUACCAAAUAUUAUUUAACAUUGAAUGUAUAAUUUAUCUGCACGUAAUUUUGAUAGCCGCGAAACAUAUAGUUUUAGGUAUUGUGCUCAAUAAAUACGUUCUAAAAGACCAA